GCCAGGGAGGAGCUGUUCCUGCUGCAGGAACUUGGGCUUCACUCCACGCUGAUCUCAGUGCAUCUAGGAGGACCAGGGGCAGCUGCCUCUGGCAGCAUUAGGGUGACCUGCAUGUCCACAGCGGCUGGGCUCUCACAGCCUCUCCACCGGGUGUGCAGACUGAGGCUGGGAGGGCCAGCACUCUGUGACUGGGAACCCCAGCCCUGUGCCCUGAGCACACUCCAGCCCCAACCUUAGAAGAUGUGCACUCACACCAGCCCCUGGGAGCUGGGAGGACCAGGCCCCGGGGCACGGCUGGGAGCCCACAAGGUCUUUGGAGUCUCUGAGCUGUUCUCUGGGAAGCUAUGGUAUGGACCAGAAGCCUGCCAGAGUCCGGAGCUCGUCUGAGCUCAGGGUGUCCUCCAUGCACAUGGGGAGUCACUUCCUGUCCUGUUUCCUUGGCUGUCCAGAACCCAGCCAUACAGGGUUCCAACUCCUAAUGGCAGCCUCUGUUGGAGCCUUCUAAAGCAGGGCCUCUGGGUCCUCCUGCCCUCGACUGGAGGCCUACCCUGUGGGUCAGGGUGAGGGGACUCUGCAGGGCCUGGCCUGGCCCCCUUUCUUUAUCCUGUGGGCCCUCUCACCUAUGUAGCUCAGGACUCCUCCUGCUGGAGUUGGCAGAGCCCUUCCUCUGGUGUCCAUGCUGGACACAGGAGCCCAGGCCCACCCAGGUCCAUGCUCUGGACCCCUGCUGCCCAGUACAGAAACAGCGCCCUGUGACGGGGACUGAGGAUUUCUGUUGGGUCCUAUGUCCUUGGGGACCACUGGGGCAAAUGCCAUCCCGUGACAGCCACUGGCCUUCCUCUUCCUGUGGCACUCCUUCCUUGUCUUGUGUAGAGGGCAGUAGGCACAGACCUACCCUAGGAGAGGCAAGGAGGCCGUGGAGUACUGAGCCCUGCACAGGAGUGGCCAGCCUGGGUGGCCUUCAGAGACCUGAGCAGCUGUACCUGGGGAGCUCAGGGCAGGAGUUGAGGCGACAGAGAUACCUGCACUUUAACCAAAUCGAGACUCUGGACCCAGCCUCCUUUCAGCACUUACCCAGGCUCGAGAGGCUAUUUUUACAUAACAACAGGAUCACACACUUGGUUCCUGGGACAUUCAGUCACUUGGAGUCCAUGAAAAGAUUGCGACUGGACUCCAACGCACUUCACUGUGACUGUGAGAUACUGUGGCUGGCAGAUCUGCUGAAGGCUUAUGCGCAGUCUGGGAACGCACAGGCGGCGGCCACCUGCGAAUAUCCCAGACGUAUCCAGGGAAGAUCCGUGGCAACCAUCACCCCAGAGGAGCUGAACUGUGAGAGGCCUCGGAUCACGUCAGAGCCGCAGGACGCGGACGUGGUGCCCGGGAACACUGUGUACUUCACCUGUCGGGCGGAAGGCAACCCCAAGCCUGAGAUCAUCUGGCUUCGAAACAAUAAUGAGCUGAGCAUGAAGACAGACUCCCGCCUAAACCUGCUGGACGACGGGACCCUGAUGAUCCAGAACACGCAGGAGACAGACCAGGGCAUCUACCAGUGCAUGGCGAAAAACGUAGCUGGAGAAGUGAAGACCCAGGAGGUGACCCUCAGGUACUUUGGGUCUCCAGCGCGACCGGCUUUUGUGAUCCAGCCGCAGAACACGGAGGUGCUGGUGGGAGAGAGCGUUACGCUGGAGUGCAGCGCCACGGGCCACCCCCCACCGCGGAUCUCCUGGACCCGAGGGGACCGCACAGCCCUGCCCGCCGACCCCCGGGUGAACAUCACUCCCUCUGGUGGCCUGUACAUACAGAACGUGGCCCCCGGAGACAGCGGGGAGUACACCUGCUUUGCCUCCAACGGCAUCGACAGCAUCCACGCCACCGCCUUCAUCAUCGUCCAGGCUCUUCCGCAGUUCACUGUGACUCCUGAGGACAGAGUGGUCAUUGAGGGUCAAACGGUUGAUUUCCAGUGUGAGGCAACAGGCAACCCGCAGCCAGUCAUCGCGUGGACCAAGGGAGGCAGCCAGCUCUCUGUGGACAGGCGGCACCUGGUGCUGUCCUCAGGCACACUGAGGAUCUCGGGGGUGGCCCUGCACGACCAGGGCCAGUAUGAGUGCCAGGCCGUCAACAUCAUCGGCUCCCAGAAGGUGGUGGUGCACCUGACCGUGCAGCCCCGAGUCACCCCAGUGUUCACCAGCAUUCCCAGCGACUUGACGGUGGAGGUGGGCACCAACGUGCAGCUCCCGUGCAGCUCCCAGGGCGAGCCACAGCCGGCCAUCACCUGGAACAAGGAUGGGGUUCAGGUAACAGAAAGUGGGAAAUUUCACAUCAGCCCUGAAGGAUUUUUGACCAUCAACGACGUGGGAACCGCAGAUGUGGGUCGCUACGAAUGUGUGGCCCGGAACACGAUUGGAUAUGCCUCGGUGGGCAUGGUGCUCAGUGUGAACGUUCCCGACAUCAGCCGAAACGGGGACCCCUUUGUUGCCACCUCCAUUGUGGAAGCGAUUGCGACUGUGGACAGGGCCAUCAACUCCACGCGGACACACUUGUUUGACAGCCGGCCUCGUUCUCCAAAUGACCUGCUGGCCCUGUUCCGGUACCCGAGGGACCCCUACACAGUGGGACAAGCCCGAGCGGGAGAGAUCUUCGAGCGGACCCUGCAGCUCAUCCAGGAGCACGUGCAGCAUGGCCUGAUGGUCGACCUGAACGGAACGAGUUAUCACUACAACGACCUGGUGUCCCCGCAGUACCUGAGCCUCAUCGCCAACUUGUCAGGCUGCACCGCCCACCGGCGUGUGAACAACUGCUCCGACAUGUGCUUCCACCAGAAGUACCGGACCCACGACGGCACCUGCAACAACCUGCAGCACCCCAUGUGGGGCGCCUCGCUCACGGCCUUCGAGCGCCUGCUGACCGCCGUGUACGAGAACGGCUUCAACACGCCCCGCGGCGUCAACCCCCAGCGGCUCUACAACGGGCACGUGCUCCCCAUGCCCCGCCUGGUGUCCACCACGCUGAUCGGCACGGAGGCGGUCACGGCGGACGAGCAGUUCACGCACAUGCUGAUGCAGUGGGGCCAGUUCCUGGACCACGACCUGGACUCCACGGUGGUGGCCCUGAGCCAGGCCCGCUUCUCCGACGGGCAGCACUGCAGCUCCGUGUGCAGCAACGACCCCCCCUGCUUCUCCGUCAUGAUCCCACCCAAUGACCCCCGCGUGCGCAGCGGUGCCCGCUGCAUGUUCUUUGUGCGCUCCAGCCCCGUGUGCGGCAGCGGCAUGACGUCCCUGCUCAUGAACUCCGUGUACCCCCGGGAGCAGAUCAACCAGCUCACCUCCUACAUCGACGCGUCCAAUGUGUACGGCAGCUCGGACCACGAGGCCCGCAGCAUCCGGGACCUGGCCAGCCACCGCGGCCUGCUGCGGCAGGGCAUCGUGCAGCGCUCCGGGAAGCCCCUGCUGCCCUUCGCCACCGGACCCCCCACCGAGUGCAUGAGGGAUGAGAAUGAGAGCCCUAUCCCCUGCUUCCUGGCUGGGGACCACCGCGCCAACGAGCAGCUGGGCCUGACCAGCAUGCACACGCUGUGGUUCCGUGAGCACAACCGCAUCGCCACAGAGUUGCUGAAGCUGAACCCGCACUGGGACGGGGACACCAUCUACCAUGAGACCCGCAAGAUCGUGGGGGCAGAGAUCCAGCACAUCACCUACCAGCACUGGCUGCCCAAAGUCCUGGGGGAGGUGGGCAUGAAGAUGCUGGGCGAGUACCGGGGCUACGACCCCAACGUCAACGCUGGUAUCUUCAAUGCUUUCGCCACCGCCGCCUUCAGGUUUGGCCACACGCUCAUCAAUCCCGUGCUCCAGAGGCUGGACGAGAACUUCCAGCCCAUCGCGCAGGGCCACAUCCCCCUCCACAAGGCCUUCUUCUCACCCUUCCGGAUCGUGAACGAGGGGGGCAUCGAUCCACUGCUCAGGGGUCUCUUCGGGGUGGCAGGGAAGAUGCGUGUGCCCUCUCAGCUGCUGAACACGGAGCUCACAGAGCGGCUCUUCUCCAUGGCGCACACAGUGGCCCUCGACCUGGCUGCCAUCAACAUCCAGCGUGGCCGGGACCACGGCAUCCCGCCCUACCAUGACUACAGGGUCUACUGCAACCUGUCCGCCGCCCACACCUUUGAGGACCUGAAGAACGAGAUCAAGAACCCUGAGAUCCGCGAGAAGCUGCGAAGACUGUACGGCUCCACCCUCAACAUCGACCUGUUCCCGGCCCUCAUGGUGGAGGACCUGGUUCCUGGCAGCCGCCUGGGGCCCACUCUGAUGUGCCUGCUCAGCACUCAGUUCCGGCGCCUGCGGGAUGGGGACAGGUUGUGGUAUGAAAACCCCGGGGUGUUCUCCCCCGCCCAGCUGACGCAGCUCAAGCAGACGUCCCUGGCCAGGAUCCUCUGCGACAACUCAGACAACAUCACCCGUGUGCCAGGGGACGUGUUCCGGGUGGCUGAGUUCCCACAUGGCUAUGGCAGCUGCGAGGACAUCCCCCGCGUGGACCUGCGGGUGUGGCAGGACUGCUGCGAAGACUGUAGGACCAGGGGACAGUUCAACGCGUUUUCCUACCACUUCCGAGGCAGGCGGUCUCUGGACUUCAGCUACAGGGAGGACAAUCCCCGCCGGGGAAUGCGGCCCCGGAAGAUGCGAAGUGCGCUGAAACCCAGCGAACCACAGGGCAACACCACCUCAGCCGCCCGGGAGCGCCCGGGAGCACCGGUGACCAGCGACUUCCGAGAGUUUGUCCUGGAAAUGCAGAGGACCAUCACAGAGCUCAGGAAGCAGAUCAACAGGCUGGAGUCCCGGCUCAGCACCACAGAGUGUGUGGAUGCCAGUGGAGAGCCCCGUGUCAACAGCGCCACGUGGAGACCCGACCCCUGCACCGUCUGUGGGUGCAAAGACGGGCAGGUCACCUGCUUCGUGGAAUCCUGCCCUCCUGCCACCUGCCCGGAGCCCGUGGAAACGGAAGGAGCCUGUUGUCCAGUCUGCGUAGAGAAAGGCCCGGAGGAGAAGCCCUAGCUCCUGCAGGCUCCCGGGUGGGUCUGUGCAGCUCUGGCAGGAACAGAGUCCACCAGGAGUGCAGGCCAGAGGGAGCCCCUGCACUCCGGUGUGUCGGGCCUGGGCUGGGCCUCACACAGCAGUCCAGGCGCCCCAGACCCGCUCCGUGGAGGAAGCGGCAGGCAGGAAGGGGACCCACUCUGUUAGACGUCUCAGGUUUUAUUUAAUUCUUUCAAGUGAAAAUCUGGUGCUACUAUUAAAUCGCACAGUUAACUCUUCAGGCUCCUAAGUUGAUUCUGCCUGAUAACACCACUUCUUUUCCGUUAGGCAGGCCUCUGAUCGCCUGCUGCGCCUGCUCUGGGGCCAGGCACUGGCAGACAGGUGUUGCCGGCAGUCGGGGGCCUCACAGAGAGGAGGCAGGAGGCUCUCGAAGCCUGGGCUGCAUCAGACCACACUAAAAAAGAAAACCACGUUUGGCACGAAACAAAACGGCAUCUUCAGGAGAGCGCUCUGGGGACCCGGUCGGGUCACUCGGGCUCCCGCUCCCUGCCUGCUGUCUGCCCCACCUUCUUGGUCCUUUCUCAGCUCCUCAGUAUCUAACCAUGAAGCGAAGCAGCUGUGUGUCAGUGACUGCUCCUCCUCCCACGGAGGGACGUCACCAGGCCACCCUACCGACGGGCUCUUCCUCCUGGAGCCGGAGUGGGAACCUUCCCUCUGCCUCCUGGAGCCUCCUGGAGGCCCAUGCACUGGCCAGUGGCCUGCGGCCUUGGUGUGCCUGCCAGCUCCUCUGCUGACCGCGAGCAAGGCCUACUCUCCAGGUCCUCUGCAGGGCAGUGACAACCGGAGUCCAGCGUGGGGACUCUGACGCCACAUCACGUGAACCUUUAAAAAAUGAGUCCCUGUACCUUGUGUUUUUUAACUGCAUGAUGUUUUGUAUUAAAAAAAAAAAAAAAAGCCUGCCCAUUUCUUAGGUGUAGACAUGGCAGAAACGUCAUUAUACAAAAGUAUUUUUUUGUUUUAUUUUUAUUUUUUAACUUUUGUUUUUAGAAUUUAGUGAAAAGCAACUGUCAUACCUCAUGGUCUCUUUUUAAUUGACCAAAACCUUCCAUCUUAGUCUAAAGACGGAGUGAUCUGGGUUCUGAGGAACAUUCUAGCUUGCUGAUUCCCUUCUACACAUUUCUGAGUCUCUUCCUGCCUGAGGCUGGCUGGGAGGGGACCCGGAGGACCCAGGUCUAGAGUCAGGUGGCAGGAGUCAGCCUGGAGCAUGCAGGGAGACCAUUGUGGGCACAGGGAAGACUGGGCUUCUGGCAGCCUCUGGCACAGGAGGGGCCCUUGCAGCCUGGGGAGGUUGGUGUGAUGGAUGGCUAGCCUGGUGUCCUCCCAGGGGUCGCUGAGGCCUGCUGCACAGACUGCGGGGUGUUGGCAGUGGACUAUGGUCUGUGUACACAUGUGGGUAUUGGACUCUUAUCCUCACAUUGCUAAAGAAUAAAUUCAGGCUGGUUUGUAUUUCUCAGGCCACAGCGUUUCUUCUGAAAUAUUAAAUCAAAUUUAGCAAUCGAAUCUUAAAGCAGUUCCGUGAACGAGGAAGCUCACGAGUUUGCCUAAAUCCUCUGGCUAGUGGCUCAGGUGGCAGAGUGGCCGUGACCUGCACUGGGGGCUCUGCUGCUGCACACAGAGGAGCUGCGGUGCAGCGCGUGGCUUGGGCCAGGGUCUAGGGCUGUCAGUCUCUGUAACUCCAACUGACGUGCCUCUGGGGUCCCCAGCUGGCGCUCGGUCCUGGUUACCUGAGGAUCGUCCUGGCAGCAGGUGAGGGCCGUGCUGUGGCCUGAAGCCUAGUGUAUAUAUUUGUUUCCUGUUCUGUCACCAACAGCCAAUGCCUUUUCAUGUUCACUGUAUUCAGUACCUUACCAAAGAAACAUUUGCACUAUGUAAUGACGCCUUCAGUUCCAAUAAAAGGCCCACCGUGUGCAGGGGA